AUGGCAACCAACAACGUCGAGCACUAUUUGGGAGACCUUGAGGCAGCCACUAAGAUCAUCCCGCCGAAUGAACCGUACAUUAUGAUGAACCUGAUGAGGUUCAAGUCCCAUGCCACAUAUAACGCGGACUAUCAGGGACCUAAAGUUGCGACCGGCAAGGAAGCAUAUCUCACCUACAAGGACAAGUUCAACGACCGAGUACGAGAGAUGGGACUAGAAAGUUCCAUUGUCUUGUUCGGCAAAGCCUACACACAGAUUGUAGCCGGACCACAAGAAGGAGAAAGUUGGGAUGUCGUGGUUCUACUCAAAUUUUCGUCUUGGGCGGCUUUUAAGUCGGUUCUCGAGGACGAGAAAUAUAUCAAGGAAAUUCAGCCACAUCGUCUCGCAGCUUUACAGGAGCUUCGAAGCUUUGCUGUCAUAGAGCUUCUGUCGCUAUAG